AUGGUGCGGCAUCUCGAAUAUCCCAAGAAACCUCAAAAUACUGUCAAGCGAUAUAACAACAGAGGAACAUAUGAUCUUGGAAUCAUUCACUCAAUCAUCAACGCCACCUCGGUCCUCCAUGUCUCGUUCGCCCCCAGCCCGGAGCAACCCUUUCCCGCAAUCUUGCCAAUGAUCGGGGUCAUGGGUUCAUUUGAAUAUCCUUCGUCCAGCAUUGAGGAGCCGCUUGACUGUUAUCUCCAUGGAUAUGUCAGCUCGAGGAUAAUGCGCCAGGCUCGAGAAUCGCCGAAUGGCUUGCCCAUUUGCGUCGCUGCCACCAAAGUCGAUGGCUUGGUCUUGUCCCUGACCCCAAACUCCCACAGUUAUAACUACCGAUCAGCCGUCUUGCAGGGAUACGCCAAGCCAGUGGAAACCGACGAGGAGAAGCUGUACGCGAUGCGGUUGAUCACCAACAAGGUUGUCGAUGGACGCUGGGAACACACCAGAGUACCCCCGGACAACGUCGAGAUGACCUCCACCACCAUUCUGAGAGUCAAGGUUGAGACUGGUAGCGGGAAGAUCCGGCAAGGAGGCCCUCAUGACGAGGCCAAAGAUGAGAAUAGAUCUGACAUCACUGAAAAAGUCUGGACUGGAGUGGUGCCAGUGUAUGAGGCUUUCGACACACCAAUACCCAGUGCCACCAAUAAGGUCAAGGAUCUUCCACCAUAUCUUGACUCAUACGUGUCCGAGACAAACAACCUCAACAGAGAGUCGGCUCUCCACGCUGUUAAAGACCCCUAA